CUUGUUCAUACCGCCGUACCGCGAGUCAGUAUUCUUCCACGUAAUUAUUAAUUUGUCCCAAAAAACAUUUUACUUAUUUUGAAAUAAGUAAUCAUCCUAAUAGCUUCGUUCGAACAGUUUACCGAGGCAGCUUAACUAGUAAAUCGUCAAAAUGGCGCGUGGAAAAGACAAAAAGAAACGUAAGCUGGAGAAGAAACAGGAAGGUGACGAUGUGCCAAAGAAGGUGCCGCACACUCUGGAGUCCCUCCGAGAGAAGGAUGAGACAAUGCUGGUGCAUGCAGAGGCUGAGGAACAGGAGGAGGCUCAAAAAGACAUGGAACUAGAUGAGCUGUCAUCAUACUACCAGAAUUCUUACGAGCCGAAAGUCCUCAUCACAUACUCUGACAACCCCCACACCAAGACGCGCAUCUUUGGCCGCGAGCUCGUCCGGAUCAUACCCAACUCCGUGUCGCGGUACAGACAAAGGUCUUCAAUAAAAAGAAUAGUCCAGUCGGCGAUACGCGAAGACGUCACGGACGUGAUCAUAGUGAACGAGAAUCAGAAGCAGCCGAACGGGUUCCUGCUCAUCCAUCUGCCCGACGGGCCCACGGCGCACUUCAGGCUGUCCAGCUGUAAGAUCACUCCAGAGCUGCGGAAGGACUAUAAAGAAAUCACUACACAUCGGCCAGAGGUGAUCCUCAACAACUUCAGCACCCGCCUCGGGCUGACGGUGGGGCGCAUGCUGGGCGCCCUGUUCCACCACGAGCCGCAGUUCCGCGGCCGCCGCGCCGUCACCUUCCACAACCAGCGCGACUACAUCUUCUUCCGGCACCACAGGUACGAAUUCACAAAGGACGGCAAGCGAGCGCGCCUCUGCGAGCUCGGGCCGCGCUUCACGCUGCGGCUCAUCUCGCUGCAACAGGGCACCUUCGACUCCAAGCGGGGCGACUACGAGUGGACCAUCGCGGGCCGCAGGCACCAGCUCGAGACCUCCAGGAGACGGUUCUUCCUUUAGGCUAGAUUUAGACACGCCAAUACAAUGCUAGCCCCAUUAGCUUCGUCGGGUUAUCCCUAAUAGAUACUACCAAGGUGUUACCAGUGGUAACGCUGUGGCAGGUCACUCUGAAAAGGAUGACUACGGCCCAUCGCGGGCCGAAAUCACCAGCUCGAGACCUUCAGGAGACGGUUCUUCCUUUAGGCUAGAUUUAGACACGCCAAUACAAUGCUAGCCCCAUUAGCUUCGUCGGGUUAUCCCUAAUAGAUACUACCAAGGUGUUACCAGUGGUAAAGAUGUGGCAGGUCACUCUGGAAAGGAUGACUACGGCCCAUCGCGGGCCGCAGGACCAGCUCGAGACCUCCAGGAGACGGUUCUUCCUUUAGGCUAGUUUGUGACACACCAAUACACGCACACCUAGCUCAUUUUUCUCGGUUUAUUUCGCUUGAUCGCUUAUUGCAUAACGCUGUGCAAUUAUUUUUGAGCCUGUAUACGUCCCACUGCUGGGCACAUGCCUCUUAGGCGCGAGGGCUAUAGUCUCCACGCUAACCCAAUGCGGAUUGACGACUAAGCUUACACGUUUUUUUUAUUACCACAUGUAGGUAGCCAUGGUAAUUCUUAUUCCGGUCGAGUAGUUGGGAGAACGGAAGUCGAAAUUGAGGUUAGCACAAACAGAUCUUAUAAUUAUAAUCAAUAAAACGUCAUAGUCAGUCGUCAGUCAUCGUCGUGUAUGAUAUUGAUAUUAGUCCUUAUUGAACGUAUAAUUUAGUGUUAAAAAGUUGACCUAAUUAUUUCCCCAUUUAUUUAUUUAUGUGAUAUAGUCAGUAGUAUCUGCUUAUAAUGAUAAAGGAAAAAUAAAGAACACGUACUAAGCGGAUGUCAUAUAGAACACAGCACGUUGAACUUCAUAGUUUUUUUAUUAACUUUUCCAAAUUAAUUUUGAUUCCUUUGUGAGAAGUGAAUUUUAUUAAUACUGAGAAUAAAAAUCAAAAUAUUUUACACGCCACAAACACACUUAACGCUACAAUUUCAUAAACAUAGCUUUGUAAGAUCAUAGCAGCUAAGUAUCGAAUUAUUUUACACAAUUCAAUGUUAUACGACUUUCUUAUAAAGAGUUUUGUAUAAAGAUCAAAGAUUUCGUUUCAGUAUGAGCAUACGAGGUGCGGUCCAAAAGUUUCCGGCCUAACAAAGAAAGGGCUUACAUAUCUUUACAAUUUUAUUUUUAUUUUUUAAUACAGUCUUCCUCUGUCACAAAGCACUUUUCAAAUCUCUUUAAAAGCUUCUCCAUCACCUAAUAAAAAUAAUAAAGAUUUUUAUCCUCAAAAUCGGCCUAAACCGCACGGGUCACUUCGUCAACCGAAGAUUUUUUUUUUUCUACUUCAGUCUACCUAAAGUUUUUAGAACAAAUAAUAAUCACUUGGGGUCACGUUUCGAAUAUAAGGUAGGUGCCGAAUUUUUUGAAGACACAUUUUGUCAUAGCAACCUUGUAAAAUGAAGCAGCGUGAACGGGGAAAUUGUUGCGGAGAUGCCUUUGUGCCUCUGCUAAGUUUUUAAAGACUACUCUGCAUAAUCUGCUAUCGUAACUGGACAAUAAAUAUUGCGUAGUAACUGCUAUUUACCGUAGUCUACCCUUCUUUUAUUUAAAUCGUAAGAAUUUCGUGACAACCCUAGAAUACCGUAGCCUUUAUCUUUUUUCGUGCAUUUUGUGACCGAGGUUGUUCUAGGCGCCUUUUCACCAUGACGUUGUCACUCCAUUAAUUUUCUUUUGUAUAGAGUAUCGUCUUACAUAACCAUGGUUUCAUCUACAGUAGCAAUUGCAUUCAUAAAACUCGCUACGCGGUGUCUAUGCUGGUCUCAAGUUUCAUGAACUCACGGUUUUUCACUCAUCUCGCUGUAAGCACGAUAAAAGUUUGGGCACUAACCUAGAACUAAACACCGUAAAAAAAGCCUACAGCCAACAGACACCUAAAGAAACUAUACACCAAAAAAGUGGAAUAAAUGACGAACACAAUGAUAUCCAUACUUUUUUAAACUCUUCCACCAUAUUUGUCGGGCCGGAGACAUUUGGACUGCACCUCGUAGUCAUUAUAAACAGAUUCUACAAUAUUUCACUUUUUUUGCUUACCGGUGAAGCAAAAAUAAGCAAAAUAUGGCUAUGUGACAAAAAAAUCAAUAAAGUUGGGGAAUCUCUAGGACUGCAACUUAAUAUACUGGGUUAUAGUGGUACAGUUUGUACCGAAUCGAACUGGUUUAUAUUACAACACGUUCCUCAAACGAGGGCGCCACUGGUCAGUCGAGCUGUACAGUCGCAGUCGGAGCUGCCGAAGCUCUCACAUAUCGGACA